CGCCCGGGUUUCCUGCCCGAGGCCGGGCAGCGGCACCUGGCCCCGCGGCCAGCACCAUGGGCGAGCGCCACACGGACGGCUUCUCCUGCAGCGCACCUGAAUCGCUCCAGUCACUGCAAUGAAUGGCCAGACUAUCCCAGCAAGCACUCCCGGGCGUUCCCAGGGCUGGAAUGAGUUCUGCGAGCUGCACGCAAUCACCACGGCCAAGGAGCUCGCCAAGAAGUACCUGCUGUUUGCCACCGAGAACCCCCACCAUGACCUCCUGGCAGCCGAGAACUUCUCGGUGCAGUUCACAGACCUCUUUCAGCAGUACUUCUGCAACGAGGUGAAGGAAGGCUUCGCCAUGAACCAGUUCAGGGUCCUGCCCUUCAGCAGGGUGCGGGACUAUAGGGAGACCAGCAAGAGGCAUGCGGAUGCCUCUUCGGGGCCGGUCGCGGCGAAGGUGGAGGCGGAGCUGACUGCCCACUCUGAGGCCGACAGAGCUGCUGACACUAACCCGCGGGGCCUGCCCAAGUCGUGGAGUUCUGAGGAGCUGAUGGGGGCAGCCUCCCCUCUGGCCGCCAGGAGACACUUCUCCCUCACCCAGCUGCGGAGGAGCUGGCGCAAGUUCUUGCGCCGGAGAUCCUCCGAGGCCAUCCCAGGCGAGGGGGAGGUGCCAGAGCCUGCUCUCAAGCCUGGGCUGGCCAAAAAGAUCCUGCCAUGGACCCUGUCCCGAGAUCAGGCUCACGAGGUGUGCAAGGAGGGUCUCUUAAAAUACGGCAUGGUAGAUGAAACCACCAUGGACAGUGGGACACGCUGGCAGCGGUGCCGAUUGGUUCUACGGAAGGCAGGGACGUCAGACAAUGAAGAAUAUGUCUUGGAGCUGUUUGAUCCCCCCAAGUGCUCCAAACCCAAGCUGCUCACGACCUCCUCCGCUGUCCAAGAGAUCCGGAGAUGCACCCGCCUCGAGAUGCCAGACAACCUGAAUACCUUUGUACUCAAGGUGAAUAACUGCACAGACGUUGUAUUCGAGGCUGGGGACGAGCAGCAGCUGAGUUCCUGGACAGCCGAAAUCAAAGAAUGUAUGACCCGAGGGUCCGGGGGAGCCGAUGUAGAGCUGCUCUCAGGCCAGCACUCUGACACCGUGGCAUCCAGCCCCGCCACUGGCAGCACCGACUCCCUUACCCAAGGUGCUAUGCACUGUGGGCAGCCGGAGCCAUCCUGCCAGAAAACCGACCAGUUCCUCUCGUCCUACCCCUGGUUCCAUGGCCCCAUUUCGCGCGUCAAAGCCGCCCAGCUCGUGCAGCUGCGGGGGCUGGAUGGCCAUGGGGUUUUCCUUGUUCGACAGAGCGAAACCCGCAGGGGCGAAUACGUCCUCACCUUCAAUUUCCAAGGAAGAGCGAAGCACCUGCGGCUCUCGCUGACCGACCGGGGGCAGUGCCGGGUGCAGCACCUGCGCUUCCCCUCCAUCCUGGACAUGCUGCACCACUUCCAGCGGUGCCCCAUCCCCCUGGAGUGCGGCGCGGCCUGUGACGUCAAGCUCUCCAGCUACGUGGUGGUCAUCCCGUCGUCCCAAGGUUUGGGCUCAAGCAACACCAUCUUGCUCCCAUUCUCCAUCCCUAAUUGGAGCUCCGAAAUCAACUUUACCUUCAGCUGCCCCCGGCUACACAUGACAGACAACAUUCACCACAGUUCUCAGCCAGAACAGAUCUUCCACCUGGUGCCCUCUCCAGAAGAACUGGCCAACAGCCUCCGAGACACCGACGUGGCCGGCACGCACUCCAGCCGGCAGCGGGACUCUGACUACGAGCUGGAUUCCCCUGGCAGGGGCCACAUUCGGGCUAUUGACAAUCAGUACACACCACUCUGACAAGAUGGGGGGGAGGGGUGCAAACCACGCACUUUGGCUUCGAGCCCUGGUAGAGAACUUCUGCUAGAGAUUUUUGGGAAGCCUAUGAAAAGAAUGUAAUUUGGGAUUUAUUUUUUUGGUAAGGGAGGGGGGUAAGAUAUAUAAAUUGUUCACUCCAAUAUGGGUGUGAUCCCUCUAUUAGGCCUGUUAAAGGGCCCGUUUUUACCUAUUAAAGCUUUCUUAUGACUGUUUACACGUCGUUCCUGUUAACAUGCCAGGCUCUGUGCCCUGUAGGCUAAUAUCUGCCCUUCGUCAUUGGUACAGAGACUAUGUUACAGGUGCUUGUGGUCUUCAGUGCCCCUUUUUCACAUGACACAGCCCAGAAAAGAAACCAGAAGGUUCCAUUACAGCCACCUCAUUGGACAAAAAUGGAUUUGAAGUUCUUUGUGACAAGUUACCGAUCUGGGCUGUGUAUAAACAAAGAAAAGUCACUUCCUGAUGGCCAGGGAAUGUGCUGCAGUUGCGUAAGUCAUAGUUCCAUAUUUCUAACAGAGCAGUAGCCUUAUCGCUAACCUAAGAGUUCAUUCAUUACUUUUGGAUAUGGAGAGUACGGGCUUUAACUUAAAUCACGUUAGUAUUUAAAAAAAAAAAAUGGAGCCAUGGACGUCACUGCUACAGCCAUGGGCAAAGGAAAUGCUUCCAUCUCUUAGUCACCAUUAAAAAGUGAACACUAACUUCCUCCUAUUAAUAUAGGCUUAAUGUAACUGAUCAGCGGACAAAAGAGAAGACUGACAUCUUGUCAUAGCCUUGGAGUAAAACUUCCUUUUUGCUGUGGAAAUCUUUUAGGCACAAGUCUAGAGUUCAGCAAAAAAAUUUUUUUCCAAAUAUGUUACCUCAGGUUGGUUCUCCAAAGUAGGAGGGGUGUUAACCAGCCCCUGUUGCAUGCAUUUAAAAAAAACCAACUCUUUAAAUACUAGAUCAUAUUUUGAUAAGUAAAGCUAUGCAAAUACAACUCCCCUGUGUGUCAUGGUUUUCCAGGCGGAUGGGGUGUAACCUUUUCUCUCCAAUAUUCUCCUCACCAAUAGGUCUCAGGAAAAUCACUUUGACUGUUGGGUUUUUGACAAUGCUUUUGCUAUUUAUGGAGGAGCAACAUGAGCCCCUUCAGUGGCACAAAGGGGAGGGUUCACUAAUGACCCUUCUUCUCGUACCUUAUUGGGACUAGGGUUAGACUUUGGCAUUUCCUCAGUUAGAAUUACAGUUACAGGAGGAGAUGUGACAUAUUUGCCUUUGUGCUGCUUUACUGAGAUGGGUCUGUGCAGAGCUGUGUGUUAGGAGUUAAGAUUUAUAGAGUCACAAGCAGUAAACAGAGAAUUUCACUAACCCCUAUAGAACAGGGAAAAGUUUCUCAGCUGUCUUCUCCCCUCCCCCUGAUGGUCUGACACUCAGUGCCUUCAUGUCCAUUUGCGAUCAGAGAGGCCAUCUCCUUCCCAUAAUAUCAGCUUCUAGAAUUCAAACCAAGUUACAUUUAUAUACUUUGAUAUCACUCCCCAUAAUAUUUUAUGGUACACAGAGGCAAUUUGUUCUUCUCACAGUUAGUUCAAGCUUGAAGUGAGGUUUUUGUUAAAGCUCCUAAAUAACUGGAGCUCAGGUCGAUCUGCAAGUCAACAGAAAUGUGUGCCCUUAAUUCACUUCGAUGCAUUUGAAAAUUCAACCUUUAACCCACAAUGUUUGUGUUUGUAAUUAAGAAUUUUUGUACCUUCUAGUUUAUUAGUAAAAUAGUCACUAGACCCAACCUCUUUUUGAGGUAAAGCAUUUCAGUUACGCCAGAGUUGAGCCACACCAGAAGGGGCUUGAUGGUAGAGGAGACUCUCUGGAAUAUGGCUUAAGGGAGCAAUGCUUUAAGUUAAAUGUCUUAAAAAAAAAAAAAACGCACCUCUAGUGUCUGAAUUUUGUACCCCCAGUACAUGUCUUACAAUUACUGGAAGUUCGCAAAAGAUGCUGUUCCCUCUAGCUCACUUUUGUGCAUUUGACAGCACUCUGUCAAGUCACUGUCUCCCUUCAUCGAAAGGCCCUUAAAAAUUCUGGCCUUAGAAUUAAGUUCUAUAUACAUAAAUGGGACCAGGAUUUCUGCACUAUCAGAAACUGGAAUUCUGCAAUCUCUGUUUUUUAUAAACAGAAUUCAAGUGGCCAGUGCCCUUAUCCUCACUAAACACAUUUCUAAUGCACAAGCAGACUGCAAGGGACAGGAAAACCAAGACAGUCUCAACUUCUCUCUGCAGCUCUUAGGAAGUGCUUGUUUUGUAGGCUAAACCUUGCUUCAAAGCCAUCAUGUCCUACUGACCCCUAAGCAACCCACACUUUUGGCAAGUAUGCUCAGAGUAUUCAUUCAACCAUAGACAAGGCAGCCUUGGCCCACCUCAUUCCAUGAUCAGAGCAAGGCAUGAGAGUGGCUAUGACAGAAAGGGGUGUGAAGGUGGAAUGCUCAUCACAGCUCUCAUGCCUGUUGGUAAACAAAGCACCCAUGCUGCUUCUGGGUUGAGAUUUUUGGCCUAAGUCUUAUUAAGUGCCAGCAACCAAACGUACACACAUUUAGUAUUAUGUUUAAUUGCCAAGGCCGCCUUUUUGGACUAAAUGGAACUUGCUUUUCUUAUUUAAUACAAUAUACACCAAGUUUGUUGUCAUUCAUUCAGUGCUCCUGUGCAAACAAAUCCAAGCAUGUGGUACCUAGUUGGAAAGUUGGUUUGAUUUUUCACCAAAGUCGCAGUUGUUUCCUUCUAGAAUUUCACUGUCAAGUUAGCCAAAGCUAGGAAGAAGCUUGAUAAUCCAGAAUGAAAGUCUGGCAGACUACUCCAGUUCACCGCUGAAGGGGAUUGUGUAUGGAAUCUGAAGAAUUGUACACCUGCAGUGUUUGACCCAUCUCAUUCCUUUCCUUCUCCAGUCAAAGGUCUACUUUCCCCAACUGGGCAAAUAUUCUUCCAGUCCUUCCCUCUGUUGCGCCAACAGAGCCUCUCAUCUUCCCCUCACUUUGGUAUUGGGGUCCUAAAACCAAUGAUAAUUGCAGGGUCAGUUCUUUAAUCUAUUUUCCCAGGUCGUGGGAGGCUGAACUUCUCAGCAUUCCAUCCCUGCUUAGAAAGUAGUUGGCUUGUGAUCCAUUUCCAAGUCUGACUUAGUCCUGGCCGUACAGAAGAGGAAGGGAAACUAUUUCAUAACUAACUCAGGACACACAAUGCUCUAGUAGAAACCUGGGGACAAAAUGUUAAGCCCUUGAAAUAUAAGCGACUUCAAAGUAAUUUUAUGGAUUUCUUGAAGAUCUUUUUGCUAAGAAACUAGUGAAGGUGAGUGGCAUCUAUCAACGUAGACUUUUAUUGUAAGAUUUUUUUUAUAUUUAAAAGCACAUUAAUAACAUCUUGUAAGCCAAGGAAUUAGCUGCAUUUAUGAAGCGUUCGCAAGACAGUUGCUUUCAAUAGUCACAGCCUUAGCAGUAUGAAAAGGCAAAGGGGGGCACUGAACUUUCGCAUGUCUCCCCUUAGCAGCUGAGUACAGUUGCCUUCACCCCUGGACUACCGGAUACCGGGGAACACUGCCAGCAAACUGCCUGCUUUGGGCUAAGUUCUCAGCCCCUGCUCAAGUGUCAGGGUCCAGAGAAGGAGCACACAAAAUUAAAUCUGAUUGGUUCCAAAGUCUUACCUUUGAGGCUGACGGAUUGAAAAGAGCUUGUCGAAGGGCUAGCACCAGAAAGGAGACCAGCAUUUCUGGUCUUCCACAGCAAGAACAGGUGGCUGGGCUAAUGAAACGUUUCUCUUUUCCUAGCAGCAAGUUAGGGCUGCGCUCCACCCUGAAGACAUAACAGUAGGUAGUGCCUCAACGAGCUUAGCAGAGUGCCAGGCAGAAGCCUGGUUUAGCAGGUAACUGUGAUAGAGCCUACUGGCUGUGCCAAAAGAGAAACAGAGCCCUCCUGCCCCCAACUCUACCCCCCCUUAUUCUUAUGAAAAGCCUUACUUGCUAUUUGCUGACAAACAGGCACUGCCUACAGGCAACUCUUGCAUGUCCUCCUCGUAGACAGGCCGUGCAGGAGACGUUUGUGUUAUCAAUAUGAAGUACCAUUCCGGUCUAGCCCCCUGAAUAGGCUAACCCGACAGGGAAAGACUAACCCAGCAUUUAAGAACAGGGUACCUAAAACACCGACAGCAACCUCCUUGAUCCUUUUCCUUCAAGGCUGCGUUCCACAGCGAAGCUUUGAGGAAAAGGUCCAGGUCCAGCAUCAAAGGCAACAUCAUCCAAAAGGCAGCCUAGUCUAUGCCCCAGUGACACAAUAUUGACUGACUGUUGCUAUUCCUUGGACCACAGAAAACGGUCCCUUUAGAGCCGAUGUGGUUUUACUUUACUCUGCAGAUAAGGCCUUUCAGUCUUGACUGACAAGUUUGAGUACAAUAUUCCAUAUUUCAACGUAAAAGCUUGUAUGAGAACAGGAUGUUAUCUUAGCCAGCACAUGCCCACAGCGUAAGAGUUGAGCGUGCAUUCUAUUGUUCACUGCCUUUUUAUCCCAUAGGCAAAUUAAGGCCAACAAGGGUUUUGUUGGAAUCAAGUGCAUUUAUUUCAAAGCUCUACUUUUCACCAACAGAAGAAUUCUUGUAUAGUAGAUUUUCUAUGUAUUAUUUCUGUAUGUACUGUACAAGUAACUUAUUCCUGAAUAAUGCAAUUUUGCUAUAAUGUAUAAAUCAGCUCUUAAAUAAAUUGUUUUUAGAAUGUU